UUCUAUCCACCGUCAGUCUAGGGUAAACGCUUCAGAUGGGCACAACAAGUGCGCGCGUGCUAAUAAUCUUCACACACACAGUGGUUCAGUUCAAGAGCAGUGAAAGUGCUAAAGUGGUGUGUGACAAUUAAAACAACAACAACAGCGGCAAUAUUGCCACUUACUUGGCAAACUCACACACAAAUCGCUCGAAAGUUAAGCGCCGUGUGUGUGCCGUGUUGGCAGCCUAGCGACGCUAAAACCGCGAUUUCUGCCAGUUUUAGACGCGUCUCAACCGCAAACCGAUAAUAAUCACACCAGACAAAGCUAUUCAACCAAUAGCGGCGGGUGUGGGGCGGUGCGCCGCUUUUACCUGACACUCUAAAGCUUACUUUCGACUUGCUGAUUGUUGCGCCAGUCAUUUGAAUUUAACGGAAAUAAGCGACUUAUCCGGAAGCGGAAAUUUUACGUCGCAUUUUAACGGCAGCUUCGCGUUUGCGUGUUUGUUAUUGUAAUUUCACAAAUUCUUGCUUCCUGCUUUGGAAUUUUUCGUGCUUUUUACGCAGUUAUUUUGGUGAAUCACACGUCAAACGGGAGAAAGUUAGCGCAACGCUUGAGUGGCGUCCUCCGCUACUCGAAAUUCGCGCGUGUAUGUGUGUGUGUGUGCAAGUACUUCGCACCCGUUUGGCAUAUGACCGAGCGCUUACUGGGUGUGUGUGAAAGUGUAAGCGCAACGGAAGUGUUAAAUCGUAAAUAAAGUGGCAUAGCUUUGCUAGUGGCCUCAGUUAGUACGGUGCUUUGUAUACGGGCGCACCCUCACAGUGGCAAUAACGAUUUGUUUGCGAAACCUCCGCUUGUGGGGGGAAAAGUGAAAAUAAUUACAGUUUUGUUUUAAGUCAGCAAACAAGUGAACAAAGUCUAUAAGUGGUGUAUUUGUAUACGAAUUAUUUUUGUGGUCGAAAUUGGUAAUAUUUUGGUGAAAGUGCGAGUAAUACCGGUUGUAACCAAUUUAGAACCAAUUUAAUGGAAAUCGAUAGUGGCCGUUAUGACUUUGAAGAGUUGAUAAACACUGCUAAUGCCAAUACACACCCUAAAGGCUAUUAGGAAAAACAUGUAACUACGAUAGCAACGUGCACGAGUUCCCAGCGAUUUAGCAGCACAGUCCCCACAGUCCCACAAGUUUAGUACAUUUUGAUUGACCCUGGCACGUAAAAAAUUUUUUUUUUUUAAAUAUAUACAUAUAUAUGUAUAUUAUGAAAAGCACUUUAGAUGCCAAUCAACGGUAAAUUAGUGAACGAAGAAGUGUAAUAUAAUUCUUCGAGAAAUAUUUUUAAAUUGCAAUCCCACCCUUAAUUAGAAAACGAAAUUUUUUAAAUCAAAUAUUGUGAAGAUAAUCAACCAACAAUCUUAAUCAACCGCGUCUCAGCUGGUAAAUUAUAUUUUUGAAUAUAUUUGCAAGUGAAUUUCGCACGAAACGCAUUUGUUUACUUUGCGCUUUGCACUAGUACCAACGCCAAUCAACCAACCAACGCCCCAUUCCGGCACACCGUCUCCACCGUCCCACUACCGAAGCAGCAAACUGAAAAUGUAUAACUUUUGGAUAAUCGUUUUAUGUCUAGGAUUAUUAGCAACCAAGCCAAUAAAUGGACAAUCUGAGCUGGAUGUGCAAUUAGUGGUGCCGCGGUAUGUGGAGCGCGGCUCCAGCGCCACGAUGAAAUGCAAACACAAUGUGCGACCGGAAAUACUUUAUAAGGUGACGUGGCUCAAAGUUGACAAGGGUAAAUUCUUUGAAUUCAUAAACGGACGGAAUCCGCCAUUCCGGAAUACAUCCAUUGGAGGCGGUGAAAUUGAUUGGGAAAAUUCCAACGAGACGCAGGUGACGUUGAAAAAUGUUGACUUUGAAUUGUCAGGACAAUUCUUUUGCGAGGUUUCAACGGACGCGCCUAUAUACACCGAGGCGUCGUUGGAUGAAUUAUUAUCAGUAUUCUUACCGCAAACUGGACCGCCCAUAAUAAAAUUCCGAAAGCGAAUGCCAUUUGUCAUCGGCGAAAAGUUAUUUGCUUUAUGCAACACGACACGCGCAUUCCCAGCACCGCACAUCACGUGGCUCAUCAAUGGCAAGAAGGUUGACGAUAAAUAUGUGCGCACGCAUCAUGCCUACUCAAUGACCAAUAAAGGUCAUCGAAGAACGCAGCAACAACAGCAAAUACAGCAACAAUUGUUGCAACAAAAAUACUAUCAACAACAAUAUUACAAUCAGCAUCAACAGGAAUAUCAUGUACCAUAUUUGAUCGAUCGAUAUGACAAGAGCUUACGCAGGAGCGGCGGACGACCUGACGAUUUCACUUCGCACAGCUCAUACCAUCAUGAUGGUCAUCAUCAUUCAGCGAAUAUUUACAACAAUCCCUUCAGCUCCUUGGCCAACAUGCACGAAGUUUAUGAUAACCAUGAGAUUCAUCAGCGAAACUACGACAAUAAACCGAGAGAAUCGAAGAAGCAUAGAAACUCAUCAAAACAGAAAUAUCGACGGCACAUCAACGAGAAUGCUCUCGGCAUAAUACGCAGCACACUGAAUAGCGGCGGUUUUGGCCCACAGCCGCCUAACCUCAACAACGAGCUCGGCAUACCAGCCAAUGCAGGACCAAUGAGCCAACUGGCCGCCGGCUACGGACGUCCCAUAUCACAUGCUGGCGGUGGCAUGGGUGUGGCAGCAGCAGCUGCUGCCGUUGCGGCGGCCACUAAAGAGCGAGGCAUGUUCUCGCUUAGCCAACUCAAUAUUGACUUGGAGGAGGCGCAUAACAAUAAUGGACGUAUGGAACUGACGUGCUUGUCCACAAUACCAUCAGCCAUAGGUCAAGGAGAGCAGUUUGCUGAUUACAAGACGUACUCGGUAAAAGUUGAACUCAUGCGAGCGGAAACUUCAUCGACAACAACAUCGGCACCCAGCAUAGGGAUGGCAGCAUUAGGAAACGGCGCCUCACAUGCCGCGGAAACGGCGGCGGCGGUACGACCAACAAUGAGUCUAACAUUUGGCACCCGCUACACAUGGGUCACAGUGGCAACGCUGGCAGCUGUGUUGCAGAUGUUGUGCUAUUGAAGACGCAAAUAGGAAGCUACAAAGGGCACCGACACCGUUCCGCCGAUGGUUGCCACCGGCUUCGGUUUGUGCUGCAGACCUGCCACGGCCCACCGAAUCACCGACCGAAGGUAAUGGAAAAUAUAGACAAAACGAAAGUCCCGCUGUAGCUGCAACUACAACUACAAUUAGACCCAGCUGAUAUGUACCUUUUGAAAAAUAUCCAUCUCUCUUUCUUAAACAACUGCAAAGCAGAGUAUAGAAACAGAGAGGUAAAAGAAAAGUACACAAAUACAUACAUACACAUACUAAACGCACACUUAGCAACAGUCAUGUAUAUUUAGCAGGUGCUGCAGGGGGAGGGGCAGACGUACAGCAGUGAGCAUAAAAAUUAAAUUGAAACGGUGAAUCGUAAAAUGUAAAAAUCAAAAUGCGAAAAGGUGAAAUGGUGAAAUGUGAAAGGCACACUGCUUGUGCAGGUGCACCUGCACUAUUGUUGUUGUUGUUGUUGUUGUUGUUAGACAAAGGACGUGGACGGUGUCGCUGCUGAUGUCAGUGCCGUAUGCACGGCCAGCAAACAAUGGAUAAUGACUGCAUGUAAAAAGUAGGAAUUAAAACUGUAGCGAAAGAAGAAGAAGCAGACGAAGGAGUAGAAGAAAUAGUAUAGCAUAAUAAAUAGAAAAAUAUAUCAAAUUAGAAAAAGUAAAGCAGUAGCUGCUAAAAGGGAAAAGCAACAAAAGACAACUAAAUGCACCGAAAACAAAAAAAAUUUUAAAUUUUAACUGAAAAACUUUGUGAACUUUAAAGGGAAAACAACAACACAAACAACAAAUAAUCGAGUCUAAACUACGAGGCAACCGGAGGACGAACAGACUAAACUUAAUUGCACAAAAGAAAUGAGGCGAAACGUCCGCCGAACCGGCGACUGACGACUGUGCUCCGAGCAUAUGUAAGUGUAAGUGUUUGUGCUUGUAUUUAGUUGUAUAGGUGUGUAAAACUGUAGCUGUAUAUGUGCAUGUGUAAACAAACGGUGAAGACUUCAUUGUGGGGGUGGAACUUUUGAGAAGCUUUGCUUAUUUGCUCGCAAUGUAAGACGAAAUAAAACAAUAAUUUUUCUUUUUUAUGAAAAUUGUAAUAAAAGUAAAAAAUUCAAGUAAAAAUAAAUAAAUAAAAAAACUACGAUAAAAUUUAACAAAAACCAAGCAGUGACGGAACAUAGAGAAUUAGUUGAGCGGCAAGUUUCAAUGAAGAGGAAAAGUUAGCCAUACAAAAUCUACUGACCUGUUCUUGAAGUGUGCAGCGGAGAGCGUAAGCACAUGCAGUGUUUUUGUAACUUGUAAUAAACAGUAAUAAAAAGGGUAGUCAAAGGAUAAUAAUUUUUUAAAUGUAACAAUCUUAAGAAGCACACAUUUGGCGGUAAGCUUUCAAAGUCAGUAGUGGAAUUGGCAAAGUUUUUUACCUAGACGAGUAGCAUUUUCAUGCAUACAUACAUAUUUAUAUUUAUACAGUAAAAUACUCGUAUGCUAGCAAAAAUUUUGUGUGAAUUUUAGCGAAAUGUACCAGAGAAAGUUCAUUUAGAGAGUUUGGAAUAUUUGCAUUUCUUUUUUUCGAAAUGUGCAAAAGUAUAUUUCUAAUUGGAGAAAUUAGAAACAGUGCUCUGAAUUUUGCUUGUAGGUCGUGAAACAUUUACAGUACUUAUGUAUUUGUUGUUCAAUGUGAAUAAGCAAACAUAUUUGCUUUUAGUUUUAAGAUUUAUUUUUAUUAUUUAGGUAAUUUGCUUUUUACCCAAUUCGCUUAAUUCUGUUUUAUUUUUAUUAGUUUUUUAUUUUUUUUUUUUGAAUAAUUUAAUUCUUUAAUACAAUUUAAUGGUUUUUAUUUUGCUUCAUGUCAUUUUUUUGUUUUAUUAAAUCUUUGUAAUUUUUUGUUGGAUAAUUGAAGUUAUUUUGUUUCAUUUUUAUUUUUGUUUCAUAUAUAUCAUCUUAUAUUAUGUAUUUGAACUUUUAUACAAAUAUUUUUUAUUUAUUUUUAUAUUUUUAUUUUAUUUUAAUUUGUUUAAUAUAAUUUGUUUAUAUUAAUUUACUUUAAAUUUUCAUUUUGAUUGAAUUUAUUCUGUUGUAUAUACAUUUUCUUCAAACCAGAAAAUAGUUCUAUGAAAUAUUUCUGCUAUUUUUUGUUAAUUUGAAUAAUUUUCCGACAAUUUUUAAAACAGUUGAAUCUUUUGCUAAGCAAAACUUGAAUCCGUUGAGGGAUCAAGCGAAUAGAUAUUAAUUUUUUAGAAGCUGUUAACAGUGUUUUCCAAACUACAAGCAGAAUUAAUUAAAUUUUAAUGUUAAUUUUAGUUUUAAUAUUAAUAUAAAUUUUAUUUGUAGUUUUAAUUUGCAUUAAUUAAAUUUUAAUUUUGAUUUAAAUUAAUUAAAUUUUAUUUCAUUUUAUAUUAUAUAUUUUCUCAAAGCAUAAAAUGUUUCUGAUAUUUUUUACAGUACGACAGUUUUGAAACCAGUUGAGGCUUUUGCUAAGCAAAAAUUUAAUCCGUUGAGGGAUCAAGCGAAUAGACAUUAAUUUAUUAUAGCCGUGUACAGUGUUCCGCAAACUAUCAUACAUGCAGAAUACCUACCCAUACAAAUAUUAUACAUAGAUGCAUACAUACAAACAUACCUAGUAGUUAGUUAAAGGCAAUGCUGCAAUGCUGCAACGCAUUAGCAAAUGAGGUAGUGAACAAUUUUCCAUAUUUUUCGAUGUGUGUGUUACUCCAAAACUAUUUACAAAGAAAUACAUAGCAACAUAUAAAUAUGUAUGUGCAAGCAAAUAACCAAAACUCUAAGCAAAAUAUUCAAGUAAAGUUUACUUUGUAGAUAACAAUUAAAAUACCUAUGCAUACAAACAGAAAUACAUACAUACAUACAUAUAUAUGUAACAAACUGCAACAUAUGCAAAUAAAAACAACAACACAAAUACCUAAGCAAAAGCAAAAAAAAAAAGAAAACAAACGCGAAAAAUUGUUGUUUUUCAGUGCGUCCAUGGCUAAAAUUUCGUUAGAGUAGUAAGCAAAAUUAGAACAAAAAUCAUACAUAUAGCAAGAUAAUAUCCAAAGAAUACCCAAGAAGCUUAAGAAUACAAUCAAUGUUGAGAACAAAGUGAAUACCAAACUUAGUCAAGAUUCCCAUUUACAAAAACAAAAGCAAGUGAGAUAUUUACAAUUUUAGUAAAUACGCAAGUUGUACAUAUUUGUAUGAGUGUUAGUAUAUACUAAAUACACACAUAUGUACUUAUACUACUGUAUGUGUUGAAUGUUAAGCGCCAGUCAUUAGGGAUGAUGAUGUGGUUAAAUUUAUUUAGCAAAAAAAAUUGUUGACUUGUCUGAUUUUUUAUGGCGGCAUUGUGUUUGUAUUGGAAAUGUCUACCCUUUAGUUUUAUUUUUAAAAAGAAAAACAAAUAUAUAAAAAAUAGUUAAUUGUCUAUAGAAAAAUUGUAGAAGUGAGUGCUGAGUGUAGUUAGGUUAAAUUAAUGGAAACAAUUUGUGUAGAUCAAUGUGUAAAAAGCAAAAUAAAAAAAUGAAAAGCCGUUAUAACAAGUAUUCGGUAAAUAUAUUGUAGAUAUAUGUAUGCGCAAAUAUGUAUAAAGACUUGUAUGCAAAGAAACAAGCCAUACACGCACACAUACAUAUUUACAGCGCGCAACACUUGAGGACGAACAAAUCAUCUUAAUGCUUUAAAUGUCUACAUAAAAAUAGUUAAACUUAUGCAAACAUAUACACAUAAAUAGUAUGAAUAUGAAAUAAUCAUUGAAAGUUGAUAUGAAAAAUUCAAAUUAAAAUUGAAAAAUAAAACGAAAAACCGAAAAUUAAUGGAUUUCCUAAAAGAGUACUAUAUUUAGGUAUUUUAUAUUGGUAAGCUUCUUUACAAUAACAAAAACAAAAAAUUAAAUAAACACAAAUAUUAACUCCUAUAUAUGUAUAUGUAAGUAACUGUAUGAGCCUGCAAAAAAAAAAAAUCUACCAAAUAAUUGUAAACAAACAAAACUGAAACCGUAUCUUCAAGUGCAGACACAAAAAAGUAUUUAUUUAUUUCGAAAUAAAACGAAAUGAUACAUAAGCGAACACUAAAUGGUUGUUGAAUGCCCCCAAAAGCUUAACAAAAGCAAAUAAAAUAUUAAAAUACACACAAACAUAUCCAAAAAAUAAAUAAUGAAUAAACAAAAUCCACCAAAUAACUUGAGUUUCAAAACAAUUAACCGUUAGUAGAGGUGCAAAUAGUCAAAUACAACAUAAAAAAAUUAUAUUCAGGCACUCAAGCAGUAAACUCUCUUAAAAUCAUUACCUUUUAGUCAAUUGGUACAAUUCAAAUUACACAGAUUAUGAAGAGGAAAAUCAAUUAAUUAACAGAGACGAGAGAAAAACGAGUUUUAAAUGAGCAUAUGAAUAUAUAAAAAAAAAAAUAUGAAUAUCAUAUCGUAAAACACAAAAACAAAAAAGGAAAAACCAAAAAAGUAAAAAACAAAAAACAACAAAAAAAUUACAAAAAACAAAGAAAAAAAUGGCUAAAAUGUCUUAUGCAGGUAUUGACGUCUUCCUAUGCUACGCUGUCUAUUAUUAACUAAACAACAGUAACAAAAAACUAAAAGAAAAGCGAAAACCAAAUAACAUAAAAACAAAAAAAAUAUAGUAAUUAUUUGCAUUAAUUAUACAUUUACAAUUUAGGUGUAACAAAUGAAAAGUAACUUAUAAUAUAUAUACGAGAUAAAGAGAGCAUACUACAAAUUCAAAAAGAUAAACUUAAACACUUGCGGUGCGCAAGCAUAAUUUUAGGCGUAUUAUAAUACUGAAUGAAUACAUAUACAUACAUACACAU